CCCCAGCUCUUCCUCUCAGCUCGGCGUGAAGCCUGGCUCCUCCUGGUGAAAUCAGCUUGGCCUGACAUAUUUUAAGUCUUCGGACCCCUGGACACUAGACACCAUGGAGAAUCAGGUGUUCAGUGUUCAGCAGAUCCAACCCAACGUCAUUUCUGUCCGCCUCUUCAAGCGCAAGGUUGGGGGCCUGGGCUUCCUGGUGAAGGAGCGGGUGAGCAAGCCACCCGUGAUCAUCUCCGACCUGAUCCGAGGGGGUGCCGCGGAGCAGAGCGGCCUCAUCCAGGCCGGCGACAUCAUCCUCGCGGUCAACGGCCAGCCCUUGGUGGACCUGAGCUAUGACAGUGCCCUGGAGGUGCUCAGGGGCAUUGCCUCUGAGACCCACGUGGUCCUCAUUCUGAGGGGCCCAGAGGGCUUCACCACUCACCUGGAGACCACCUUCACUGGGGAUGGGACCCCCAAGACCAUCCGGGUGACACGGCCCCUGGGUCCCCCCACCACAGCUGUCGAUCUGUCUCACCAGUCAUCGGCCAGCAAAGAGCACACACCGCCAGUGGAUGGGGCCCCAGGGCCUGGCAAUGGGCCCCAGCAUGCCCAAGACAGUGGGCAGGGAGCCAGCUCACUCUCAAAUACCAACAGCCUGGCUCGCAGACCCCUCGGCCAGGACCCUACCAAGAAAAGCACUGGGGUGGCUCUCCAGGACAGCCAGAACAGUGAACUGCUCAAAGAGAUAGAGCCUGUGCUGAGCCUUCUCACCAGUGGGAGCAAAGGGAUCAAUGGAGGGGGACCUUCCAAGGCAGAGACAAAGGAUGCGGAAGUCCAGGUAGACAGAGGUGUGGACGGCAAGUCACACAAACCGCUGCCCCUCGGCGUGGAGAAUGACCGAGUCUUCAGUGACUUGUGGGGGAAGGGCCAUGUGCCCGUUGUCCUCAACAACCCAUAUUCAGAGAAGGAGCAGCCCCCUGCCUCGGGAAAACAGUCUCCCACAAAGAAUGGCAGCCCCUCCAAGUGCCCCCGCUUCCUCAAGGUCAAGAACUGGGAGACCAACGUGGUCCUCACUGACACCCUUCACCUUAAGAGCACCCUGGAAACGGGAUGCACUGAGCACAUCUGUAUGGGCUCCAUUAUGCUCCCUUCUCAGCAAAUACGAAGGCCUGAAGAUGUCCGCACAAAAGAACAGCUCUUCCCUCUCGCCAAAGAGUUCAUCGAUCAGUACUACUCGUCAAUUAAAAGAUUUGGCUCCAAAGCCCACACAGAGAGGCUGGAAGAGGCGAACAAAGAGAUCGAAACCAGCGGCACCUACCAGCUCAGAGACACGGAGCUCAUCUACGGGGCGAAGCAUGCCUGGCGGAACGCGUCUCGCUGCGUUGGCAGGAUCCAGUGGUCCAAGCUGCAGGUGUUCGAUGCCCGCGACUGCACCACGGCUCACGGGAUGUUCAACUACAUAUGCAACCACAUCAAGUAUGCCACCAACAAAGGGAACCUCAGGUCGGCCAUCACCAUAUUUCCGCAGAGGACUGACGGCAAGCAUGAUUUCCGAGUCUGGAACUCUCAGCUCAUCCGCUACGCUGGCUACAAGCAGCCCGACGGCUCCAUCCUCGGGGACCCAGCCAAUGUGGAAUUCACAGAGAUCUGCAUGCAGCAGGGCUGGAAACCCCCAAGGGGCCGCUUCGAUGUUCUACCACUCCUGCUCCAGGCCAAUGGCAACGACCCUGAGCUCUUCCAGAUCCCUCCAGAGCUGGUGUUGGAAGUGCCCAUCAGGCACCCCAAGUUUGAGUGGUUCAAGGAUCUGGGCCUGAAGUGGUACGGCCUCCCCGCUGUGUCCAACAUGCUGCUGGAGAUUGGCGGCCUGGAGUUCAGCGCCUGCCCCUUCAGCGGCUGGUACAUGGGCACUGAGAUCGGUGUCCGCGACUACUGUGACAACUCUCGAUACAACAUCCUGGAGGAAGUGGCCAAGAAGAUGAACUUGGACAUGAGGAAGACGUCCUCCCUGUGGAAGGACCAGGCGCUGGUGGAAAUCAACAUUGCUGUUCUCUACAGCUUCCAGAGUGACAAAGUGACCAUUGUUGACCACCACUCUGCCACCGAGUCCUUCAUUAAGCACAUGGAGAAUGAAUACCGCUGCCGGGGGGGCUGCCCCGCGGACUGGGUGUGGAUUGUGCCCCCCAUGUCUGGCAGCAUCACCCCGGUCUUCCACCAGGAGAUGCUCAACUACCGGCUCACCCCCUCCUUCGAAUACCAGCCUGAGCCUUGGAACACCCACGUCUGGAAAGGUACCAAUGGGACUCCCACAAAGCGGCGAGCCAUCGGCUUCAAGAAGCUGGCAGAAGCUGUCAAGUUCUCGGCCAAGCUCAUGGGGCAGGCAAUGGCCAAGAGGGUCAAGGCGACCAUCCUUUAUGCCACAGAGACAGGCAAGUCGCAGGCCUAUGCUAAAACCUUGUGCGAGAUCUUCAAACACGCCUUUGAUGCCAAGGUGAUGUCCAUGGAAGAAUAUGACAUUGUACAUCUGGAACAUGAAACUCUGGUCCUGGUGGUUACCAGCACUUUUGGCAAUGGAGACCCCCCUGAGAAUGGGGAGAAAUUUGGCUCUGCUUUGAUGGAAAUGAGGCACCCCAACUCUAUGCACGAGGAAAGGAAGAGCUACAAGGUCCGAUUCAAUAGCGUUUCCUCAUAUUCUGACUCCCAUAAAUCAUCAGGCGAUGGGCCAGACCUCAGAGACAACUUUGAGAGUGCCGGACCCCUGGCAAACGUGAGGUUCUCUGUCUUUGGCCUUGGCUCCCGGGCUUACCCUCAUUUCUGCGCCUUUGGACAUGCCGUGGACACCCUCUUGGAGGAGCUGGGAGGAGAGAGGAUCCUGAAAAUGAGGGAAGGGGAUGAGCUCUGUGGGCAAGAAGAGGCUUUCAGGACCUGGGCCAAGAAGGUCUUCAAGGCAGCCUGCGAUGUGUUCUGCGUGGGAGAUGACGUCAACAUCGAGAAGGCCAACAACUCCCUCAUCAGCAAUGACCGCAGCUGGAAAAGGAACAAGUUCCGUCUCACCUACGUGGCCGAAGCUCCAGAGCUUACGCAAGGUCUCUCCAAUGUCCACAAAAAGCGGGUGUCAGCCGCUCGACUCCUCAGCCGUCAAAACCUUCAGAGCCCUAAAUCCAGCCGAUCAACCAUCUUCGUGCGUCUGCACACCAACGGGAAUCAGGAGCUGCAGUACCAGCCUGGGGACCACCUGGGUGUCUUCCCUGGCAACCGCGAGGACCUCGUGGACGCCCUGAUGGAGCGGCUGGAGGACGCACCCCCGGUCAACCAGCUGGUGAAGGUGGAGCUGCUGGAGGAGCGAAACACGGCUUUGGGAGUCAUCAGUAACUGGACAGAUGAGCACCGCCUCCCGCCCUGCACCAUCUUCCAGGCCUUCAAGUACUACCUGGACAUCACCACGCCGCCAACGCCAUUGCAGCUGCAGCAGUUUGCCUCCCUGGCCACCAGCGAGAAAGAGAAGCAGCGUCUGCUGGUCCUCAGCAAGGGUUUGCAGGAGUAUGAGGAAUGGAAGUGGGGCAAGAACCCCACCAUCGUGGAGGUGCUGGAGGAGUUCCCGUCCAUCCAGAUGCCUGCCACCCUGCUCCUGACACAGCUGUCCCUGCUGCAGCCCCGCUACUACUCCAUCAGCUCCUCCCCAGACAUGUACCCCGACGAGGUGCACCUCACCGUGGCCAUUGUCUCCUACCGCACCCGAGAUGGAGAAGGACCAAUUCACCACGGUGUGUGCUCCUCCUGGCUCAACCGGAUACAGGCUGACGAAGUGGUCCCAUGUUUCGUGAGAGGAGCACCCAGCUUCCGCCUGCCCCGAAACCCCCAAGUGCCCUGCAUCCUCAUUGGCCCAGGCACUGGCAUUGCCCCUUUCCGAAGUUUCUGGCAGCAGCGGCAAUUUGAUAUCCAACACAAAGGAAUGAGCCCCUGCCCCAUGGUCCUGGUGUUCGGGUGCCGGCAAUCCAAGAUAGACCACAUCUACAGGGAGGAGACUCUACAAGCCAAGAACAAGGGGGUCUUCAGAGAACUGUACACGGCCUACUCCCGGGAGCCGGACAAACCAAAGAAGUACGUGCAGGACAUCCUGCAAGAGCAUUUGGCAGAACCGGUGUACCAAGCCCUGAAGGAGCAAGGGGGCCACAUCUAUGUCUGUGGGGAUGUCACCAUGGCCGCCGAUGUCCUCAAAGCCAUCCAGCGCAUCAUGACCCAGCAGGGGAAACUCUCAGUGGAGGAUGCAGGCGUGUUCAUCAGCAGGCUGAGGGAUGACAACCGGUACCAUGAGGAUAUUUUUGGGGUCACCCUGCGAACGUAUGAAGUGACCAACCGCCUUAGAUCUGAAUCCAUUGCCUUCAUUGAGGAGAGCAAAAAAGACACCGAUGAGGUUUUCAGCUCCUAACUGGAUCCUCUUGCCCGGACGGAUG